UUGUCUUCUUGUUCAGUCAAUGAAGAAGGCUUCAAACAUCAAAUGUACGCCAUGUACUCCACGCCGACAUGCUACCUGCAGACGACGCACCAGGAGAAUUUUGUCAAUGAAGAAGGCUUCAAACAUCAAAUGUACGCCAUGUACUCCACGCCGACAUGCUACCUGCAGACGACGCACCAGGAGAAUUUUGUCAAUGAAGAAGGCUUCAAACAUCAAAUGUACGCCAUGUACUCCACGCCGACAUGCUACCUGCAGACGACGCACCAGGAGAAUUUUGUCAAUGAAGAAGGCUUCAAACAUCAAAUGUACGCCAUGUACUCCACGCCGACAUGCUACCUGCAGACGACGCACCAGGAGAAUUUUGUCAAUGAAGAAGGCUUCAAACAUCAAAUGUACGCCAUGUACUCCACGCCGACAUGCUACCUGCAGACGACGCACCAGGAGAAUUUUGUCAAUGAAGAAGGCUUCAAACAUCAAAUGUACGCCAUGUACUCCACGCCGACAUGCUACCUGCAGACGACGCACCAGGAGAAUUUAGUCAAUGAAGAAGGCUUCAAACAUCAAAUGUACGCCAUGUACUCCACGCCGACAUGCUACCUGCAGACGACGCACCAGGAGAAUUUUGUCAAUGAAGAAGGCUUCAAACAUCAAAUGUACGCCAUGUACUCCACGCCGACAUGCUACCUGCAGACGACGCACCAGGAGAAUUUAGUCAAUGAAGAAGGCUUCAAACAUCAAAUGUACGCCAUGUACUCCACGCCGACAUGCUACCUGCAGACGACGCACCAGGAGAAGUAA